GGGCGGUAGGGCAUAAUGGCGGAUAAGGGUGCCAACAUUAUCAUCGAGGUGGUUGCACCUGCUCUAGGUGUUAUCCUUAGCACAGGCCUGGGAUUUGGCCCUCUGCCAGCUAUUCUCAAAUGCAGAAGGAACAAGACUCUUGGAGAAACGAAUCCCGACCCUUUUGUCAUGUUGUUUGGCAAUGCCGUGGGCUGGAUUAUCUAUGCUGCGUCCACAAAGAACGCAUACGUGUUCGCGGGGAAUUUCUUUGGAGUUCUUCUUGGGAUGUUCUAUGUCUUAACAGGAUAUUAUCUCACGGCCUCUGAUACCAUCAGGAGGAGAUUGGAGAUCAUGAUGGGGACUGUGAUCAGCCUGUGGCUGAUAGUGGGGUAUUCUGCUUGCUACUUCGAGGAUGUGAAGCAUCGCAACGAUCUGCUGGGAAUCACUGCGAAUAUCUUGUGCCUGACGUUGUUCGCCUCCCCGCUCUCAUCAGCUGCCAAAGUCAUCCAGACAAAGAGCGCUGCAUCCAUUAACCCCAUCUUUGCCGUCAUGCAAGUCGUCAACUGCACCAUGUGGACGACUUAUGGACUAGCGAUCAACGAUAUCUUCCUCCUCAUCCCCAAUGCGCUCGGUCUUGUUCUAGGCUUGAUGCAGUGUGCUCUGCUCUUCCUGUUCCGUGGAGCAAAGGCAAAUCAGAAUUCAGAACCUGCGGCGAGUGAGGAUGGGCCAUAUCGCCCGUGAGUGUACAACUUGUUUUGUGAUUGUAAUCCCUGCCUGUUCUUACCUGCAUGCAUGCGCACUGAUCUGGUU